UAGUACUCUCCUUGUGGCUCUUCAAAGGUCGCAAAAGAAAAAGCAUGGUGGAAACAGCUGUAUAAAAGAGAAUUAUUAAAAUUAGAUAGACAAGUAGACAAGACGAGUCUCUCUUUCUGUCUCUCUCUCUCUCUUCUGCGCACUCAGCAUUAAAUUGAGCUAAAUUCUAAACUCUAAUACGAGUUUGAGAAUUCCAAGUUGAGAGAGAGCUUGCUUGGGGAGGAGGAGAGCAGAGAGGAUCGAGGAAGAAUGAAGCAUGUUGUGUGGUGGUGGUUGUGGUUGGUGACGGUGGCAUUGGCGGCUGCGGAUGCGAACGGAUCCCAGAAAUAUGAGAAACAUCCAUCUUCGUUAGAGUUUCAGUUUGCCGACGAGGAGGAUGCGGCGGCAGCAGCGGCGGCGCCUGAGCUCAUGGUUGGCCUCACUCUUAUCGACUCUGCGGCUUCCAAAGGAGCUGUCUGUUUGGAUGGCACAUUGCCUGGUUACCAUCUUCAUGGUGGGUAUGGAUCGGGUGCAAAUAGCUGGCUGAUUCAGUUGGAGGGAGGUGGGUGGUGUAAUACAAUCAGAAAUUGUGUUUUCCGUAAAACCACUCGCCGCGGUUCUUCCAAGUACAUGGAAAAGCAAUUACCGUUCACUGGAUUAUUGAGCAAUAAACCUCAACAAAACCCUGAUUUCUUCAACUGGAACAGAGUCAAGCUCCGUUACUGCGACGGGGCAUCUUUCAGUGGAGACAGUCAGAAUGAGGCUGCACAACUUCAAUUUCGAGGGCAAAGGAUAUGGUUGGCUGCCAUGGAUGAGUUAAUGUCGAAGGGAAUGCAGAAAGCUGACAAGGCUUUUCUUUCUGGAUGCUCUGCUGGGGGUCUGGCAUCCAUACUACACUGUGAUGAGUUCCGGGACAUGUUUCCAGAAACUACCACGGUGAAAUGUCUAAGUGAUGCUGGAAUGUUCCUUGAUGCAACUGAUGUAUCUGGUGGGCACACAUUAAGGAAUUUUUAUGCAGAUGUAGUUAGCUUGCAGGAAGUGCAAAAAAAUCUGCCUAAGACUUGUCUCGAUCAUCUAGACCCAACUUCGGUAAUCCUCUGUUUAAUUGAAUUUGAUGGUAUGUGUGUGAAUACAAUUUUAACUCCCUCUCUCCCUCUCUCUCUCUCUCUCUCUCUCUCUCAGUGCUUUUUUCCUCAGAAUUUGGUUGCAAAUGUUAAGACCCCCAUGUUUCUUCUCAAUGCAGCCUAUGAUGUAUGGCAGGUGCACGCUAGUUUAGCCCCUCGAUCGGCUGAUCCUCAUGGAGUAUGGAACGAAUGCAAAGGAAAUUAUGCACUUUGUAACUCAUCCCAGAUCCAGUUUCUCCAAGACUUCAGAAAUCAAAUGCUCAAUGCUGUUAGUGAUUUCUCAAAGUCUAAUAAAAACGGAUUAUUCAUAAAUUCCUGCUUCGCUCACUGCCAGUCCGAGAGACAAGAUACGUGGUUUGCUGAUGAUUCUCCUCUUCUUGAAAACAAGGCAAUUGCUGUGUCUGUUGGAGACUGGUAUUUUGAUAGAGUGCCGGUUAAAGCUAUUGACUGUGCAUACCCCUGCGAUAACACCUGCCACAAUCUUAUGUCCAACGAGGAUUUAUCUUCGUCCGUGACAUAUUCUCAGUCCACAAGAUUGUCCUUUACCGUGCUAAAUCUGCUAAGUGUCUUGAUGGUGCCCAUAAUUUGUUCCAGAUGCAUCAUGUGGUUUCAGUAUGCCCAGUGAUGAUAGGUGGUAUCUCUGUCUCUCUGUGGGCAGAGACUGCAAUUUUCGCCUUCUAUUUGUUUCUUUAAUAUCACGAGGUAGGUUUUAAUUUACUAGCUCGCUGGGACAAACCCUCCAGCAUUGAUUGUCUCCUUAGGCCUGACUGCGGCCAUUAAUUGUUAACGCAGUUUGAUUUAGAGAGAGAAAGCUAGGGCUAAAAACUUUACCUCAAUUUUAUCUCCUGGACCCAGAGUUUCACCCAAAUAAGUAUGGCGUUGUUUCUUCGUC